UCCCCCGUUCUGGUAUUAUGGACGAGGGAGAGUCUCUGCUACAGAAGCAAAAAAACAAAAUAAAAGCAACCCCUCCCAAGGGAACCCAGGAGUCCCGGCCACCAGCCAAUUCCCCGCCCCAGUUUCGGGAACGGAGGCGUCCCAGGGGCAAGACCUACCCGUCCGUUGCCAGCCGUUGGCUCUUCCCUUCGCCGCCCGGAGACCGCUUGGAUGCUGCUGCGCUGCUGUCCUCGCCUCGGAAACAAACGCGCAAAACAGAUGCUGGGAAACCGAAACCUUCGCGACUGGGGUGGUGUCAGCGGCUCCUCCUCUUCCUCCCGGCUGGCUGCAUCUCUCAGCUGCCGGAAGGACUCACUCAUGUCUCGCGGGUGCACAAGGGGCGAAGCGGGGGGAACAGCCCGGAUCGCAUAGCGGCAGGGAAAGGACGAGAUGAGAUGAGACGAGGAAGCGGCCGAAGCGGGGACGUCGCCAGGGAGCCGAGCGAGAGAGGCCGGGACACAGCAGGCCCGCAGUUUUGGAGCGGGUAAGGGGGCCGAGAUCUGUGGCUGCUCCCACCGUCGUUUUCAGCCGCCCUAAAACGAGGCGUCGUUCAAGACCGUCUGAUCAUCUUCCUCUUCUGAUAGAAAGUAUCUCCUGAGAAGCCCUGUUUUUCUGCACCCAGAAUGCCUCUAAAGACCCCUCAGAGCUCCGUUCCAGGCUCCCCAGACCAGGGGGACGUCUCUGUGGUCCUUGUGGGCAAAUCUGGGGUGGGCAAGUCUGCCCUUCUUAACGCCGUGCGAGGGAUGACAGAAGAUGAUGUUGGAUGUGCGCCAGUGGGAGCCCCGCCAAAAUCUGAGGGGCCCGUCGUGUACCCCGACCCAUCCCAUCCCAAUCUAAUGAUGUGGGAACUGGCGCUGGAUUGCGAGGGCCAAGCCGACCGAUGGCUGGAGGAGGGAGACGUGUUUGUUGUGGUGACCGAUGGAAAGUUUGACGAGACGCAUGCCCACCUGGCUACGGAGGCCCAAGCGGCUGGCAAGAAGGUUUAUUUUGCCCGCACGAAGGCUGACCUGGAGCUGCACACCCUCAAGCGGCUGAUGGGCGAGGGCUACGACCGGGCCGAGGCCGUGAAAGCCCUGAGGGGGGUCUGUGCUGAGUCGUUGGGGGCCCAUAGUCUUGAGGAGCCCUUUGUGUUCUUGAUCUCUGCUUUCGAGCCCUACGCACUGGACUGCCACCAACUGCGAGAGGUGUUGCUGAAGGAUGUCUGCAUGUACGAGAGGAUCCUAAAGCCUACCCGCUUGGACUACGAUGUGAUCAGCGAGCGGGAGAUUGCUGAGAUCCAGGAGGCCUAUGAGCUGGGAGGCCUCUCGGAAGUGGUGACGCGCAUUCAGUGCAGCCUGGAGACCCUCUGGAACGCCCAGCUUGAUAUUGCCAUCACAGGGGAAUCAGGUGCCGGAAAAUCUACAUUUGUCAAUGCCCUGAGGGGUGUGACCGAUGAAGAGGAGGGCGCAGCUGAAACAGGUGUGACUGAAACCACAGCUCAGCCUACGCCAUAUUCCUACUCCGGCCACCCCAGUGUCACCCUGUGGGAUCUCCCCGGCAUUGGCACGCCCAACUUCCAGGCUGACCAUUACUUAGAAGCGGUGGAGUUUUCUCGCUAUGAUUUCUUCAUCAUCCUGGCCUCGGAGAGAUUUAAGGAGAACCACGUUCGUUUGGCCCAGGCCAUUGUCAGAGAGGGGAAGCAGUUCUAUUUUGUACGCACCAAGGUGGACAAUGACCUGGAGUCCAUGAGGAGGAGGAAGAACCCACCGACUGAAGAAGAAGUUCUGCAGGAGAUCAGGAACGACUGCCAGGAGAAACUCGCCAAGGCCGGGCUGGCGGAUGCCAAGGUCUUCUUGCUCAGCAGCUUUGAGAUCAACAAGUUUGACUUCCAAGUCUUUGAGGAAACUUUGGAGCAAGAGCUACCGAGCCACAAACGCCAUGCUUUCCUGUUGUCCCUGCCCAACGUCUCCUUGGCAAUCAUCGAAAAGAAGAGGCAGCUCCUUCACCAGGAGGUUUGGAAGGUGGCUUUGAUCUCCAGCUUGGUGGCGGCUGUCCCUUUGCCGGGCCUUGCCUUCACCUGCGACGUCUCGAUUUUGCUGAGGAAGCUGUCCACCUACCGGCAGGACUUUGGCCUUGACGUGGCGUCUUUGGCCCGGCUGGCCGAGCGCUCCGGAAAACCUCUGGAGGUCCUGAGGGCUGAAGUGCACAGCACUCUAGGGCGAAGCAUUAACAGGGAUAUUGUGAUUGGGUUGCUGGGGAAGGUUACUGGAACAGGCCUGGUGGUGGCGAAUUUUCUCAUGCAUCGGAUCCCGAUCUACGGAUCCCUGGCUUCCGGGGGCAUUUCCUUCCACACCACUUACUCCAUGCUGAGCCAAUGCUUAGAAGAGCUGGCUGCUGACUCCCAAAAAGUCCUCAUGAAGGCCUUUGACAGUGAGGUCUGAUGUG